CUGGCCACCUGCAGGCCGCUCACCGUCAAGGAACUGUACCACGCGGUCUGGACCAAAAACAUGACGCUGACCAUGGAGGAGUUUCAGAAAAAGAUGGACAUCCUCUCCAAGCUGCUGGUCGACGGCCUCGGAAGUACCAAGAUCCUCUUUCACUACAGCUUCGCGGAGUGGCUGCUGGAUGUUAAGCACUGCACCCAGAAGUACCUGUGCAACGCGGCGGAAGGCCACCGAAUGCUAGCCAUGAGCUACACCUGUAGAGCCAAACAGCUAAAGCCCCUUGAAGUCCAAGAGUUUGCCCUCCACCUGGUCAACUCCAACCUCCAGAUCGAGCCUUUUAACCUGGCUCUCUGGAUGGUUUGGAACGGAACUCCGGCCAAAGACUCGCUGAGCACCUCGAUACCGAGAGAGCAGGAGGUCCUUCAACUCCUGGUAAAAGCCGGGGCGCACGUCAACAACGAGAACGACCACGCGUCGUGCAUCGUGCAGCAAGCCCUGGAGAGGGAGGACUCCAUCCGGACCCUGCUGGACAACGGGGCGUCCGUGAACCAGUGCGACUCCAGUGGGAGAACCCUUCUGGGCAACGCUGCGUACAGUGGGAAUUUGGACGUGGUCAACCUCCUCAUAUCCCGAGGGGCCAACAUGGAGCUCGAGGACAACCACGGUCAAACGGCGCUAACGCUAGCCGCUAGGCAGGGCCACACGAAGGUGGUGAACUGCCUCAUUGGCUGCGAGGCUAACAUAAACCACACGGACCACGACGGGUGGACCGCCCUGCGUUCGGCGGCGUGGGGCGGCCAUUCGGAGGUGGUUUCCGCGCUUCUUUACGCCGGCGCCAAAGUGGACUGCGCGGACGCGGACGGGCGCACGGCGCUGAGGGCGGCGGCGUGGGGGGGGCACGAGGACAUCGUGCUAAACCUGCUGCAGCACGGCGCCGAGGUCAACAAGGCCGACAACGAGGGACGGACCGCGCUCAUCGCGGCGGCCUACAUGGGACACCGGGAGAUCGUGGAGCACCUCCUGGACCACGGCGCCGAGGUCAACCACGAGGACGUCGACGGGAGGACGGCGCUAUCCGUGGCCGCUCUCUGCAUCCCGGCUAGCAAGGGCCACGCCUCCGUGGUUAGCUUGCUAAUCGACAGGGGGGCGGAGGUGGACCACUGCGACAAGGACUGCAUGACCCCCUUGCUAGUUGCUGGGUAUGAAGGCCAUGUGGAUGUGGUGGACCUUCUCCUGGAGGGCGGGGCGGACGUGGACCACACGGACAAUAACGGGCGCACUCCCCUGCUAGCGGCGGCCUCCAUGGGCCACGCCUCGGUGGUGAACGCGCUGCUCUUCUGGGGGGCGGCCGUGGACAGCAUCGACAGCGAGGGCAGGACGGUGCUGAGCAUCGCCUCCGCGCAGGGGAACGUGGAGGUGGUGCGGACCCUGCUGGACAGGGGUCUGGACGAGAACCACCGGGACGACGCCGGCUGGACGCCACUACACAUGGCGUCCUUCGAGGGCCACCGGCAAGUUUGCGACGCGCUCAUCGAACAGGGGGCUCGAUGCACCGAGGUGGACAACGAUGGAAGAAUCCCGCUGAUACUAUCCGCGCAAGAGGGACACUACGACUGCGUGCAGAUCCUCCUGGAGAAUAAAUCCUGCAUCGACCAGAGGGGGUACGACGGGAGGAAUGCUCUCAGGGUGGCUUCCCUAGAGGGUCACAGGGAUAUCGUCGAACUGCUUUUGAGCCACGGGGCCGAUAUCGAUUUCAAGGAUGCGGACGGGCGUCCGACCCUCUACAUACUGGCGCUUGAAAACCAACUGGCCAUGACGGAGUACUUCCUUGAAAACGGCGCCAACGUGGAGGCCUGCGACACGGAGGGCAGGACGGCCCUCCACGUCUCCUGCUGGCAGGGGCACGUGGAGAUGGUGCGCCUCCUGGUGAACUACCACGCGGACGUGAACGCCCGCGACAACGAGAGGCGCUCCGCCCUCCAGUCGGCCGCCUGGCAGGGCCACGCCAAGGCCGUGCGGCUCCUGAUCGAGAGCGGCACGCGCGUGGACCACACCUGCAACCAGGGCGCCACGGCGCUGGGCAUCGCCGCGCAGGAGGGCCACAUGGAGGUGGUGCAGAUGCUCCUGGAGAACGGAGCCGACCCCAACCACGCCGACCAGUUCGGGCGCACGGCCGUGAGGGUGGCGGCCAAAGGGGGCCACUCCGCCAUCGUCAAGCUCCUGGAGAAGUACGGGGCCACCGCGGCCAACGGCUGCAACCCCUCGCCGGUGCACACCAUGGAGGAGAAGAAGGCGGCGCCCCCGGCCGGAACGGGCAAAACGAAAACGCAGUCGCUAACCAUAAAGUCCAGCAGCUCGGGAAGCACGGGCCUCCCCAACGGGCCCGUCCACGCCUUCAGCUCCCCCUCCGAGUCCCCGGACUCCACGGUGGACAGGCAGAAGUCCUCCCUGUCCAACAACUCCCUGAAGAGCUCCAAGAACUCCUCGCUGAGGACCACGUCGUCCACGGCAACGGCGCAGACGGUGCCCAUCGACAGCUUCCACGGGAUGACGUUUACGGAGCAAAUCCAGCAGCAUUCCCUGCCCCGGAGCCGGAGCCGACAGUCCAUAGUGUCCCCCUCCUCCACCACAAAGUCCAUCGGCCAGCAGCCCUCCUCCCCCUCCGGCGACUUCGACUGGUCCCAGUUGAAACCCGGCCUGAAAUCCUCAAAGGGAACCAAAACGGGAAACGGGACCGCGAACAGCAAAGGAGCCCAGGGGGACAAGAAGAAGCCGAAGAACAGCGGGUCCACCCAGGGCCAGGUUCUGGAGUACGAAAUGACUCAGUUCGACAAGAGAAUCGCGCUCAACAAAUCCGUGGCCAACAUGGCGGGGAAGGACCCUCCCUGUAAGAUCGUGAUCGGGGGUCCGGUCCAGCAGGACCGGGUCCAGGUCCCCGAUCAGUUCUUCAUCCAGCAGCAAAGCUGCGCGGAGAAGAAGAGGAACGGCAUCAUGACCAACCCCAACUACCACCUGCAGGGGAACCAGGUGUUCCUGGGCCGGGUGUCGGUUCCCCGGGGGGGGCAGGGCAAAGGCCACCAGGACGUCCUGGAGAACUACCCCAUCGGGGAGACCGAGCUUAGCCUCAAACAAUCCCUGAAACUGCAGAUCGAAGGGUCCGACGCCGCCUUCAACUACAAGAAGGAGACUCCCUUAUAG